UAAAAUAUUUAACAUGUCGGUAAAAGUUUAUGUAAAUGAUGCAAGAUUAGUAUAUAAUGCAUUAAAUGGUAUAUUUGUUAUUUAUAAAUCUCCUCAUGUACAUUUCAAUGAAAUGAGACAAACAUUGAUUAAUAACUUAUGCGAAGAUCUUAAUGACAUGUAUGUACGACCUCAAAGGAAAUAUGUAGCUAUAGAAGGUGAUACAAAUAAAGAUAUGAAAGUUAUUAUUCGAAAAAGUUUUGCAGAUGAUCCAUUAGUAGUAGGUCCUCGUUAUCAACCAAAUGAUUUUAAAUUAGCAGCAACAAAAAUUAUGCACAAAGAUGUAUCUGGUGUUUUAGUUUGUGGAAUUAAUAAGGGUAAUCAAUUGAUACAUAAAAUCAAAAAAUACAUGUGCUUAAGAUUUUACAAAAUAAAAGGAUUAUUAGGACAAGCAACAAAUAAUUACUUUCAUACUGGAAAAAUAAUAGAAAAAUCUAAGUAUACACAUAUAAAACGUGGUCACAUUGAUAAGAUAUGUAGUUCAAUGCAAUCUUCUCACCAAAAAAAAAUGUUUGAAUUAUGUGGAGUAGAUAUUCAAAGUCAAGCUGCAUAUGAAUUAGCAGUUCAAGGUCCAAUUAGGCCAGUAAAUAGUAAUAUUCCUAUGAUAUAUGCAAUUAAAUGUACAAAUUUUUCACCUCCAGAAUUUACAUUAGAAGUUGUUUGUACAAAUGAAUAUGAUUUGUAUCUGAAAACUAUAAUUCAUGAAUUAGGAAUGCAACUUCGUUCUAAUGCUACUUGUACUCAAAUAAUAUGUAUACAGGAUGGUUUGUUUAAUAUACAACAAGCAUUAUUAUCAAAAUAUUGGAAUAUAAAAGAAAUUAUGCACAAUAUACAAAUGUGUAAAAAAAUCAUAGAUGAAAAUGAUCAUAUAUUAUAUCAUGAAAAUGCUGCAUUAAAGCCUAUUAAUCAUUCUAUGGAAGUUGUAUCUUAGAUAUGAGAAAAAUAAUUCUAUUAAGUAUAAUAAAUAUAUUUAUUAUUUUUUGUAUAAUACUAUUAUAUAUUUUAAUAUAAUUAUUAAAGACUUUUAUAUUCAUUAUUAAAGUAUUAGAGUCACUAUCAAUUAUUAAAUAUAAAAUAGCCUUUCAAUUAAUUCUAAUGAAUUAAUUUUAAUUCAAAAAAAUUAAAUCGUAAUUUAUAGUUCGCUACGACUUCUUUUAGAUCGUUGACUAGAAUCAGAAUCAUCAUGUCUAUCUGUAGGUUUCAUAGACCUUCCUCUUGUUUUAUGUUUAUUUGGCCAUUGUUGCAUUUUCAUACUUUUUGCUAUUACACGUUUUUGAUGAUCUAAUUGUGGAAAUAAAUCUGUAAAAAUAAUGAGUAAUAUUAAAAUUAUAUUAUUUCUGAUUUUUUAAA